ACUAAAUCAUGACUGAGGAAGAAGAGGUGAAUCAAUUUCAAUAUAGUAAUGAGGACUUUAAUCAAUCCAUUCCUUCGUGGGAUGUGGAAAAUGCAGAGUGCAGUCAGUUUGACACAGUGCUUAGAAAUGGUUGGGACAAGGCAAUGAAAGAUGGACGCUUUAGGUACAAUUUAGACCAUGUAAAAAGCAAGGUUUUACCAGGCGAAAAGAAGUUAUUGGUUCAGUUGAAUACAAAAAGAGCAACAGAAAGACGGAGGCCUCAAGCUAUAAUGGGACUUAAACAGGAAUUUAAUCCGGACAAUUUUAAUUUUAAUAAAGCUAAAAAAGGAGAAAUAUUAAUGGAAUUAAUAUGUAAAAAUAGCAAUUCUGAAGGAAGUCCUUGUAAAAAGCAGAAGAAAGGCAGGAACCUGAUUCUCAUUAACGUUAGUCCUCUAGAAUAUGGUAAUGUUUUAUUGGUCCCUGACAUGGAGGCUUGCCAGCCACAGAUAAUGACAGUGAAGGGAAUGGAGAUGGCACUGGAGGUGAUGCUAUUGAGUGCCCAUAGAGGUUUUAGGAUGGGGUUCAACAGUCUCUGUGGUUUUGCCUCAGUGAAUCACCUUCAUUUCCAUGCUUGGUAUGCUGAUCAUAAACUUUACACUGAGACUGAGAAAGUGUCCCACGUACAUGGUUUGUGUUAUGAACUGGAGGGAUCUUGGACCAGAGGAUUUGUUUUCCAAUUAGAAGGAUCAACAAUCAAUGAAGUAGCUAGGUCUGUUCAUGCAUUGACAUCAUGUUUCCAAGACAACGACACUGCCCACAAUCUGUUCAUGACAAGAGGACAAUCAUUCCAGGAUGCCAGCAAAUGCACUGUGAGAACAUAUCUCUGGCCCAGGAGAAAUGUUUUUGGUAUCAAAGAUGGUGCAGCAUUCAAUGUUGCUGUAGCAGAACUUGGAGGUCACCUGCCCCUUAAAGAUGAGACAAACUUCGAAACAUUAACAGAAGAACUGGCACAACAAACAUUCUCAGACGCAUCUCUAGAUGAAUCAGACUAUUCUAAAAUAAGAACUAAAGUUAUUGAACAGCUUAAGACAUUAGACAAUGAAUAG